AUGGAGGCCAAACACUUCGAAACGCCUAGCGAGACGCAGCUGAGGCAUCGCAAAUCGAUCCCUGACGUGCCCUCAGACGUCGACGAGGAUGAGCUGAUGGAACACUUCAAUGACCCAAAUUACGACUUCGAAGGGAGCUCGACUGCUGGCUCUACGUUCGACAGUAUGGAGAUAGGUAGCAAGAAAGCAGGAAGUCGGUGGUCUGCCUCGGAUGACGUCUCAUUGUCGGCUGGAUCGGAGACCGCAUCUACUACAUGGGACUCUUCUCGUGCAGCAGAGUCAAAGCCUUAUCUUUCCUCCGGGGAGAUCACCUACAAUGACGAGUCGCCUUACCCAGAAGUUCGAGCGGCUGUAUCCAACACGGAUGAUCCCUCAAUGCCAGUCAAUACGUUUCGCAUGUGGUUCAUCGGAAUUAUUAUGUCAAUCAUCAUCCCGGCCUUCAACACCGUCUUUUGGCUUCGAUACCCAACCGUCAUUAUCAACUCGCUCUUCGUUCAGAUCAUCGUUCUUCCCUUUGGGAAGUCCAUGGAAAGGUUUCUACCGGCUUGGAGACUCACCUUAUUUGGCUAUUCGAUGUCGCUCAACCCCGGACCUUUCAACGUUAAGGAACACACACUCAUAUCUGUGAUGGCCAACGUCGUCGUCUAUGGCGCUCCCGUCACCGACAUCAUUGCCACUCAGACGUUCUUCUAUAACACUCCAUGGGGAAUCGGCAAGCAGUUCGUCUUGGGCCUUGCCGUGCAGUUACUAGGGUUUUCUUUUGCUGGUCUAGUGCGACAGUUCCUUGUUUGGCCUUCUAGCAUGAUCUGGCCUGGCGUUCUUGUCCGCUCCGCACUCCUGAACACGAUGCACAAGAACUACGGCAAAAAGGAAACGAAGCAUAUUUCCCGCGAAAGGUUCCUGUUCUUUGCAUGUCUCUGCAGUUUCAUAUGGUAUUGGGUUCCUGGAUUCUUGUUCACAGCGCUCAGUAUCUUCAACUGGGUCUGCUGGAUUGCUCCGAACAACAUUGUCGUUAAUACGCUUUUCGGUUACGCGAGUGGUUUGGGUAUGGGUUUCCUCACAUUCGACUGGGCGAUGAUUUCGUACGUCGGCAGCCCGCUAGUUGUCCCUUGGUGGGCUCAGCUCAACUCGUUUGUCUCGUUCGUGUUCUGGAUCUGGCUCGUCAUCCCGAUCCUCUGGGCCAAGAACGUCUUCUUUGCCAAGUUUAUGCCCAUUUCUAGCGCGCAGUCCUUCGACAACACAGGCUUGCCUUAUGAUCCUACCGCCAUACUAACGGAUGGCGCGUUCGAUGAACAGAAGUACCAGGCAUAUUCGCCUAUGUAUCUGACGAUCACUUUUGCGAUCACGUACGGAACGUGCUUCGCGUCCUAUACUGCCGUUGUCGUCCACACCUUCCUUUGGUAUCGCCACGAUAUCAUGCGCCAAUUCCGUAGAUCCAUGGCCGACGAAAAGGAUGUGCACUCGCGAUUGAUGAAAGUCUAUCCUGAAGUGCCUCGCUGGUGGUAUGCAGUUCUCGGUAUCUUCUCCUUCGUCAUGGGCAUUAUUGGGAUCGAGAUCUGCGACACAAAGCUUCCCGUCUGGGCAUACGUCGUGGCUGUCAUCAUGGCUUUCGUCUUCGUAGUCCCACUCGGCAUGGUCCAAGCCAUCACCAACCAACAAUUCACCUUGAACGUCCUAGCCGAAAUAGUCGUCGGCUACAUGGUUCCUGGCCGUCCCCUAGCUGCCAUGGUGUUCAAAUAUGUUUCGCACAACUCGACGCAGCAAACGUUGUAUUUUGUCAGCGAUCUCAAAAUGGGACACUAUAUGAAGAUCCCUCCUCGCAUGAUGUUCAUGGGCCAGGUCGUCGCAUCCGUUAUUGCCGUCUUCGUCUCGAUCGGCACCCAAGAAUGGAUCUUCACUAGUCUUCCGGACAUCUGUCAACCCAACCAAAAAGACAUGUUCACUUGCCCUGGACUGUUGACCUUCAGCACAGCUUCGCUGAUCUGGGGAGGCAUUGGGCCACAACGACUAUUCUCUCCGGGCGCAGUCUAUUAUCCCAUCGUAUGGUUCUUCCUCAUCGGUGCCUUGCUGCCCAUCCCAUUUUACUUCCUCGCCCGACGUUUCCCCCGGUCGUUCCUAAGAUACGUACACAUACCUGUUGCGCUCAACGCCUUGAGCAUCGUCCCACCUGCCUCCGGCAUCAAUUAUUCAUCAUGGAUCGUCGUCGGGGCCAUCUUCCAGUGGUUCAUCCGCCGUUUCCACUUCCGCUGGUGGAUGCGUUACAACUAUCUCCUGUCGUCUGGCUUGGAUGCAGGAGUUAUCUUCGGUCUUUUCAUCAUAUUUUUCACCGUACAGCUGCCGAAAGGUGGAGUGACGCUGAAUUGGUGGGGAAACACUGUCUGGCAGAAGACGGCCGAUGCCAUGGGCUUGCCGUUCUCCACCGUGGCGCCAGGCGAUAUUUUUGGACCGACGACGUGGUCCUGA